GAUUUUUGGGGAAUGGCAGAAGAGAUGGUGGUGAGAGACCUUGGCUAAGGAAGGGGAGGUGUUUGUUUGUUUUAAAAGAGAAAGCAAGUGCACCUCAGCUAAAGUCAAAAGCUCCCUUAAUUGAAUUAAAAGUUCUCUAUUGUUAGGCAAGUUUGCCCUUCAUCAGAAUCACUACAGAGAUUCAGAUGGCAAUUGCCUCCCGGCCUUUUGAAGUGCACCAUCAGGCGGUUCCUUUUGCUAUCUUUUCAACCAUUGGAUCAGAAGCUCUUUUAUCAUUGGGCAGCAAAUAGACGCCCUUCAGGAGCUCAUCUUAUAAAUAACUUGGGAUUUUGGUUGCUGUAACUUUCUUUAUUCUGGAUUAUCUCUCAUUUGGCAUAGAAAAAAAGGAUUUUAGCUGUGUGUCCUCCUCCCCGCUCUAAUCUAGCAAAAGCCUAUGUUGUCUGGGGGGGAAAGCUUUUUGGAUCUGCUCGUGGAAUAGAGAGUCACCAUGAAGAGGGGCACCUUUGCCAUCCUUACUGUUAUUGGAAUUUACGGAGAGAUCUUCAGGAUAUCAGCAUGGUCCGUGAACAACUUUUUGAUGUCAGGAACCCAGGCAUAUUUGACAUAUUCGUCCAGUGUCGCUGCUGGUGCCCUACGUGGAAUUGAAGAGUGUAAGCACCAGUUUGCCUGGGAGCGCUGGAAUUGUCCCGAGAGCACCCUGCAACUCUCCACUCACAAUAAGCUGAGAAGUGCUACCAGGGAGACGUCUUUUGUUCAUGCCAUUAGCUCAGCUGGCGUAAUGUACACUCUUACCAGGAACUGCAGCAUGGGAGAAUUUGAAAACUGUGGCUGCGAUAACUCAAGAAAGGGACAUGCAGGUGGAAAAGGAUGGGUUUGGGGAGGCUGCAGUGACAAUGUAGAAUUUGGUGAAAGAAUCUCCAAAAAAUUUGUGGAUGCUUUGGAGACAGCGCAUGAUACCAGAGCUUCAAUGAAUUUGCACAAUAAUGAGGCAGGGAGACUGGCUGUAAAAGCAACCAUGAAGAAGGUUUGCAAAUGUCACGGGGUCUCAGGGAGCUGCAGCAUCCAAACCUGUUGGCUCCAGCUUUCAGAUUUCCGAGAGACUGGAAAUUACCUGAAGAUCAAAUACCGCCAGGCUCAGAAGCUGGAGACAGACAAGAAGAGAAUGAGAGCGGCAAACAGUGCAGACAGUCGUGGAGUCACACUCGAGACCUUCAGCACCCUGCUAGCUGGUGAACUUGUCUACUUGGAAGACUCUUCUGACUACUGCGUCAAAAACAUGACCUUGGGCCUCCGCGGCACUGAAGGACGAGAGUGCUUGCAAGGCGGUACAAACCUGUCCCAGUGGGAGAAGCGGAGCUGUAAAAGGCUCUGUGCAGAGUGUGGGCUGAAAACUGAGGCUAGGCAGACAGAAACAGUCACCAACUGCAACUGCAAGUUCAUCUGGUGUUGCACCGUGAAAUGUGAACAGUGCAAAGAAGUAGUCACCAAACAUUACUGCUCUAGACGAGACAGCUCUUCCUCCAAUAACACUCGGAGGCGAAACAAAGGACGCAAAUCAGGAGCUGUCUAAUUACUACCUAUGACUGCCUUCCAGCGAACUGUUGA